UAAGAAGUCCGUGUGUGUUUGAGCUGAGAGUUCACCUGCGGACAGGUGUUCCCCACCGACUGCUCCGGCAGGUCAGGAGGAACUCAACGUAGCUGCUGUGGUUCCGUCUGAGGCCGUUCCUCCGACUCUGUCUCUGGCUGACCUUCUGUCUCACCGUUGGACCAGAAGUUUCUGAGUUCAUGUUUUGAUCUGAGCGCCAAGAUCCUCCAACAGCCUGGAGAGGCGGUGCUGUCAUGAUGCUGCAGGAGGGCGUCUCCACCAGCCUCCACCCAGUCACUGCUCUGCUCCCUCUGAUAAACCUCUGCUCUUUACUGGAUGCCUGUUCCCUCUGCUCGCAGCCAAUGAGAACUGUCGCAGUCCUUGGAGGCGGGAUUGGGGGUUUGGCAGCAUCUUACUACCUGUGCAGAAGCCCCCAGGUUACCAAGGUGAUAGUGUUGGAGUCCAGCAGCCGGUUUGGGGGCUGGCUGUGGUCCACCAGGAGGCCUGAUGGGGCCGUGUUUGAACAUGGACCCAGAGGGAUUCGACCUGCCGGGGCAGUGGGACGCAACACACUCAACAUGGUGGAUGACCUGGGGCUUGCAGGGGAGAUUCUUCCAGUCACCUACAGUCACGUGGCAUCCAAGAACAGAUACCUGUAUGUGGAUGGACAGCUGCACAGGAUGCCUUCAGGACUCAGUGGACUUUUGCGGACUGCCCCCCCCUUCUCUCGCCCCCUCCUAUUCAGCGUUGCCAUGGAGAUACUGGUGAAAAAAAGCAAGAAGGAAGAUGAGUCCAUCCAUUCAUUUGUUUCCAGGAGGCUGGGGAAAGAGCUGGCAGACAUAGCUGUGGACAGUCUGUGUCGCGGUGUGUUUGCAGGGGACUGCAGGAAGUUGAGUGUGCGCUCCUGUUUUCCUGUGUUGUACAAUGCAGAGCAGCGCAGAGGUUCCCUCACUCUGGGCAUGCUGCUGGGCUCAGGUCCCACUCCUGUGGUCCCCCCUGGCCCUCUGGCUCAGAGAUCUAUCAAAGAGUCAUGGGCCCAGUGGUCCCUGAGCAGGGGUGUGGAGUCCCUCCCAGAAUCCAUCACUGACUACCUACAACAAAGCAGGAGAGUGCAGCUUCACAGAGACGCAGCUGUCAAACACAUCAGCCCCUCAUCCUCUGGUUGGACUAUCCGUUUGGAGGAUGGAGUCAUAUCAGCUGAUCACAUUAUUUCUGCACUUCCUGCUAAAGCCCUGUCCUCAGCCCUCCCACCCGCCUGUCAAUCUCUCAUCCAGGAACUGCAGGACAUCUCCACAGUAACUGUUGCUGUGGUAAAUCUGGAGUAUGAUGGUUCCAUCCUACCUGUGACGGGUUUUGGUCACCUGGUUCCAUCAUCAGAGGAUCAGGGUUUGUUAGGGGUCGUCUAUGACUCUGUUCCAUUCCCUCAACACAACAGGCCUAAUGGACAGACCACUAGACUGACGGUGAUGAUGGGUGGGGCCUGGUUCCAGGAGGAAUUUGGGGCCCCAGAAGCAAUAACAGAGGAGCGUCUCUUAGCGAGAGCCACUGAGGCGGUGCAACGCCACCUGGGAGUCACCGCAGCACCCAGCUGGAAUCGGGUGGCGCUACAGAGGGACUGUAUACCUCAGUAUUAUCAAGGACACUUUCGGAGAGUAGAGUCCAUGCGCAGCUUUAUAAAGGAGAAUAAUCUGCCACUGUCUUUGAUUGGUUCCUCUUAUGAUGGUGUGUCAGUGAAUGAUGUCAUCUUCAGUGGACGGACAGCAGUAGAGGAGCUGUUGGGGACUGGACUGUGAUGGAGCCGCUCAGCACUGGAACAUGUAGCAGUAGAUCAAACACACACACACAUACACAUAUAUGUAUAUUAAAGUUUUCUCAUGUGAAUCCAUCUGCAAAGCUCACAGACUGUAUGUAUAUGAAUCAGUCAUUGUCACUCGUAUCAUCAGCAUGACAGACUACCCAUAAUGCCUCCUGCUUCUCCACAAACACACGUGGCCUAUUGUAACUUCUGGGGAAGUUACUGAUGUCUCUCAGCUGCCUACUGACAGGUGGAUGUAGACACUGAAUGCUGAAGUUCUUGUUUCUUAAGCACCACUGUGAUUAAUUAGUAAUGUAAUUAGUGUCUAAAUAAUGGUCAGGUUUGUUAAUAGAUGCGGCAUCUGAAUGCGCUGUGUCCAGACUGUGCAGACACCAGGUUCUGUUCUGACCCUGAGUCUACUCCUCAUGUUUUCAAAUGAUUUGAUUUUAAGGUUCAAAGAGACUGACAUCAUCCUCAUUGUCAAUGCUUUCCAUUGAUGAUUUGUCUAUUGAUGGACUUGCAAUUUAAGUAAAGCCUUGUACUGACAA